AAUUCCGAUCAGAAAGAAGGUUAUUCUGUGUUCAUGAUCUUCAUGGUUCAUGAUAACGAUAACGACGACGUUGAUUACGGGCAGGCCUGUGUGGUUCAGGUGAUGUGAAUGUUUGUGUUAAGUCAUAUAUGAAUAUUGUUUCAUCAGAAAGACGAUGGCGCACAGGUUGUUGUCUACAGUAAGGAAACUGGAGCGUUUGCUGUGGAACGGGGUGAAACGAGGAAAUAUUGAUACAAGUUUGCUUAAAAGGAAUCUUACGUUACUACAGAGAGCACCGGGAGCCCCAAAUUUGGAAACAGUUUUGCAGGAAUGGAGACUGUUUUGUGAGCGACCUCCAAAAGGGUUUGAGAAGUUUUUCAAGCCUGGAGGCAGUAAAGAAGCUACAAAAUCUGCAAAGCCUUCCGCCAAAGAGGCAAAAGAUGCUCCAAAGCAAUCUCAGGCACCUCCACCAUCUAAAGCAGCAGCCGGUUCACAGCCCUCUAAACCACCGGCUCCUUCCAAACCAUAUGAUCAGUGGUCAUUUGGGAUCUUUGGUAGCCAGUCUAGGUUUGGUAGACCAGGAGGUAAAGAAGGAGGGGAGAAAGAGAAGUGGAUAAUUAUUGGCCUGGUUGGCACCUUGGUACUUUUAGGUACCCUUGCCUAUUAUGAGAUGGGAUAUAAGGAAAUUGCAUGGAAGGAGUUUGUAAAUAAUUACCUGGCUAAAGGUAUUGUGGAGAAACUGGAAGUAGUGAACAAGAAAUGGGUGAGAGUACACCUCGCGUCAGGGAACACUGUUGAUGGCUCGAGUGUGCUUUGGUUUAAUAUUGGGAGUGUGGAUUCAUUUGAGCGAAAUCUAGAAAAUGCACAGAUUGAGAUGUUAAUAGAGCCACCAAAUUUUGUUCCUGUUAUUUACAAGACUGAGCUGGAGGCAGCAAGCAUAACUGGCAUCCUUCCAACAUUAUUAAUUAUUGGAUUCCUGAUAUAUAUGAUGCGACGUUCUGCAGAAAUGAUGGGUGCUCGAGGUGGACGGAAAGGAGGUGGUAUUUUUGGUGGAGUCAUGGAGUCUACUGCUAAGCUUAUAAAUUCUAAUGAAAUUGGAGUUAGAUUUAAGGAUGUUGCAGGCUGUGAGGAAGCAAAACUGGAAAUUAUGGAAUUUGUCAAUUUCUUGAAAAAUCCUCAGCAGUACAUAGAUCUAGGUGCUAAGAUUCCAAAGGGAGCCAUGUUAACAGGACCACCUGGUACAGGGAAAACAUUGCUAGCAAAGGCAACAGCUGGAGAAGCCAAUGUUCCGUUUAUUACCGUUUCGGGUUCGGAAUUCCUUGAGAUGUUUGUGGGAGUUGGACCAUCAAGGGUUCGAGACAUGUUCUCCAUGGCUCGUAAACAUGCCCCUUGCAUCCUGUUUAUUGAUGAAAUAGAUGCAGUGGGUAGGAAGCGUGGUGGUCGCAGCUUUGGUGGCCACUCAGAACAAGAAAACACUUUGAAUCAAUUACUCGUUGAAAUGGAUGGUUUUAAUACCACCACCAAUGUUGUAGUUCUGGCAGCUACAAACAGGGUUGACAUUUUAGAUAAAGCUUUGCUACGUCCAGGAAGGUUUGAUCGGCAGAUCUUUGUGCCAGCACCAGACAUCAAGGGUAGAGCAUCUAUUUUCAAAGUUCAUCUACAGCCAUUGAAAACUAAUUUGGAUAAAAUAGACUUGGCAAGGAAGAUGGCAGCACUUACGCCAGGAUUUACCGGUGCUGAUAUAGCUAAUGUGUGUAAUGAAGCAGCUUUAAUUGCUGCUCGAGAUUUAAGUGAUGCCAUAAAUAUGAAAAACUUUGAACAGGCGAUUGAGAGAGUUGUGGCUGGUAUGGAAAAGAAAACCAACGUCUUGCAGCCUGAAGAGAAGAAGACGGUAGCAUACCAUGAAGCCGGGCAUGCCGUGGCAGGAUGGUUCCUGCAGUAUGCAGAUCCUUUAUUAAAGGUUUCAAUUAUACCUCGGGGCAAAGGAUUGGGUUAUGCUCAGUACUUACCCAAAGAGCAGUAUUUAUACAGUAAGGAGCAACUGUUCGAUCGGAUGUGCAUGACACUUGGUGGUAGAGUUUCUGAAGAACUUUUCUUUGGAAGAAUAACAACAGGUGCACAGGAUGACUUAAAGAAAGUCACACAAAGUGCAUAUGCUCAGAUUGUUCAAUAUGGCAUGAAUGAUAAGGUAGGCAAUGUUAGUUUUGACAUGCCACAGCCUGGAGAAACGGUUCUUGAGAAACCAUAUUCAGAGAGGACUGCGCAGAUAAUAGAUUCUGAAGUUCGUGAGCUCAUUAAGAAAGCACAUGUGCACGCCACCAAUUUGCUUACAGAGCACAAGGAGGAUGUGGAGAAGAUUGCAGAACGUUUACUGAAACAAGAGAUUUUGAGUCGUAAUGACAUGAUUGAACUGCUUGGACCGAGACCAUUUCCUGAGAAAUCUACAUAUGAACAAUUCGUGGAGGGUACUGGUUCUUUUGAGGAGGACACAAGUCUUCCAGAGGGUCUGAAAGAAUGGAAUCAGCCAAGGGACCAGGAAGGUGGCAGUAGGGAAGACGGCAGUGGAAAUGGUGAAGGACAGAGUCGCAAAGCAGACUCAACAGCUCCAUGAUGAGGACUUAGAAGAAACAGAACAAGAAAUUACACAAAACUCAGUCUCUCCAGGCCUUUCAGCGCACUCCUCUGUUUCAAAUCAAAAUGCAGAAUUAAACAUCACCACUGGUCCAGACAUCUACCACAGUCCCAUCUCUUCCUACGGCUGUUCAUUCAAACGUAAAAAGAAUCUGUAUGCUAGUGAUCAGAUACUCGUGGCAGUGGGUGAUCAAUUGGCUCAAGUGAAAAAUGAGGACAAAUUUGACUUUGAUUUGUUUCAUUCUGGUCCUUCACACUAACAGUAUUGCAAAUGAUAAAACAAU